AUGGUAGAAAGCGUAUUUGGCGUGCUGUCCAGGGAGCCGAACCCGGAAUCCAGGCCCCGAGCUCACCAGGGAACCAUUAAAGUCCUUUCAGCCAGUUAUGGGCGCACAGGCCGACAGACCUGCUCUGCUGGAAGACCAGAUAACCAGAUAUCAAAUGUUCAGUGCACUCUGAGUACAUCUCUAAGUGUGGUGGCCACUCGAUGUGAUGGAGAAACGAGUUGUUCUAUGGUUGUGAGCGAUACAGUUUUCACUGAUCCUUGUGGUGGAACUUACAAAUACCUGAAUGUGUCUUAUGAGUGUGUUGAAGCACCACCAAACAGCAGUAAAGCAUACAUCAUUAAUACUUCUAGUAAAAAAUGGAGAGACGCUCAGAGGUUCUGCAGACAGAAUCAUACUGAUCUGAUCAAUGUGAGGAACCAGACUGACAAUCAACUGAUCCACAACAUCAUUAAUGAUACUCAGAGAUCUGUCUGGAUUGGUCUGUUCAGAGACUCGUGGGAGUGGUCAGAUAACACUGACUCCGCAUUCAGAUACUGGUACUCUGGUCAACCUGAUAAUUAUGGUGGUUUUGAAGAUUGUACAGCGGUCGAUAUGAAUAAUGAGGGGAAAUGGCACGACGUAUCUUGCAGUGACUCUAACACUUUUGUGUGUCAUGAAGAUGAGCUGAUAUUGAUCCAGGAGAAUCUGAGCUGGACUGAAGCUGUGAGAUACUGCAGAGAGAAUCAUGUGGAUCUGGUCUCAGUGGAUUCACAGGAGAUUCAGCUCAUGGUGACUGAAGUUCUUCAUCAGGCCUGGACUGCUGAGGUGUGGCUGGGGUUACAUCACUCCUGCUCUGUGGGCAUCUGGUUCUGGGUGAAUGGAGAGGUCGUGUGUUAUCAGAAUUGGGCUCCGGGGAAUGAAACAGCAGUGGACAACUAUGAGAGUGAAGUGAGAUCUGGAGCGGUUCAGUCUGGAGGAGAUCAUCUCUGGAUCAGCCUUCCUGGAUCUCACAAACUCAACUUCAUCUGCAGAAGAAAGGAGAAAUAAAGAGACUUUUUUGGUUCCUUUGUUAACUUUCUGAUUUUGUUAUUUAGCAUUAGGGAGCAUUUAAAUGUCAGGGAUCAGGAACUAUUUUUUAGAGGAAGGAAGGCUUAAAGUUAUUUUAUUUUAAGAAAUUUGCAUUUAUUACACAUCGUUUUGCUUUAAUACUUGUAUUGCAGUAAUCGUCUUUUAAAAGCAAUAAGGUACUUGAGGCUAGUGCUUUAUCGUUAAUAAAUCAUGACUGAAAGGGUUGUUCUGCUUCACAUAGCACCUUAAAUCAGUGGUUCUCAAACUUUUUCGUUGUAAGGCCCCCUUUGUGUAGAGUGCAUCGCUUUGCGGCCCCCCAAAUAAAGACUUAUGAUCUUAAAUUUAACAUUUUUAUUUAAACAAAAACAUAUUCGGUUAUACAAUGCUGAAACAUCAAUUCUUUUGUCUGGUGGUCUUAUUUUUCUGAUGUUUGAUUGCAUAAAAUCUAUGAUCAAUUUCUAUAUUUCAUAAAAUGCAACAAAAUCUGUGGAUCCCCUGGAUCCAUCUCGGGGCCCCCCAUGGGCCACGGCCCCCAGUUUGAGAACUACUGCCUUAAAUGAUUCCUCAAGAUUCUUCUGUACUUGAGGUGAAAUCUUGUGAGGUUGACUUUCAUUCUGUGUGUGUUGGAUUCAUGUAAUAGUGAUGGAUCAGUUUAAAUAAACUCUAAUAUACAGACAGUAUUUUCUCUCCUGACUUUUCACUUCAAUCGUAAUAGUUAUUAAAAAUGUUUAGAUUUAUGAUAUGAAAGUGGCAGCCUAUUAAUGCUGACUAAAUGUGGCCACUUUAAGCUGAAAUGAACUUAAACAAUGACAUUUUAUUCACAUUAUGAAUGCACAAAUGAAAACAUUCUGCUUCCACCAGCCAGCACAGUCAUGUGGGGCCCAGAUGGGUUUGAUGUGGGCUGUCUUCUGGGUCUCAGCUGGUUUUGUCCGCGGGUUCCAUGUAGGCCCCACAUGGGUUAGCCCAGAUGAAAUGAACACUGCUUAGUGUGCAUACUACAGGCUGCUCAAUGUAACACUGAAUGUUGAAGUUAAUGAGAUAAUGAAGUGAUAACAAACAGAAUCACUGAUGGACACAGAAACAACAAAAACAGAAAUAUAUAAAACACAAGAACUGACUUCAGGCACAGCCUUUGAUGAAAUCAACUGAAGAUAAAAGAAAACAUUUAAUCUUCACAAACACCAUUACCAUCUUCACUAGCUACAACAUGAACACUUACAGGCCAAUAUCAAAUUUACCAUUCUCAAGUAAAAUUCUUGAAAAAGUGGUGGCUUCACAAUAUUGAGAUCUUACUUAAUUGCUAAUGGCCUCUUUGAACCUUCAGUCAGGAUUUCGUUCAUCACAUAGCACUGAAACUGCUCUUCUUCGUGUGGUUAAUGACAUUCUUCUGUCCAUGGAUUCUGGGUUAAUAAACAUCCUGAUUCUUCUUGAUCUAAGCUCUGCAUUUGACACAGUCUGCCAUGAAAUACCCAUCUCUCGCCUUUCUGAUAUCGGUAUUACUGGUUCAGCUCUUUCCUGGCUCAUUUCCUACAUCAGCGACAGAAAAUAUUAUAUUAUCAAGGGUAUAAAUCUGCCACUGCUCCGGUUUUACAGGGUGUUCCUCAAGGUUCAGUUCUGGGUCCACUUCUGUUUAUUAUUUAUAUUUCUCCACUUGGUGACAUCAUGGUGGUACGCAUGCAUGGACUUCAAUUUCAUUGCUAUGCUGAUGACAUUCAAAUUUACCUUACCACCAGCUCUGAUAGGCUAUCCCUGCCCGACUCACUUAUUGCAUGCAUUAGGGAUAUCAAGCAUUGGAUGUCCUUGAAUUUUCUUAAAUUAAAUAAUAACAAAACUGAUAUAUUGAUGAUUGGCUCUUCUACCUCUGUCAAAAGGAUGGACCUGCCCUUUGAAAUUGACGGGGUUCAUGUUAAGCCUGCUUCAUCUGUCUGUAAUCUUGGUGUCUUAUUUGACUCAUCUCUAUUUCUUCUGUCGUUAAAAACCAUUUUUUCCAUCUUCGUAAUAUUGCACGACUUCGAUCUUCUAUCAGUGUAGCUGAUGCUGAAAUCUUAAUUCAUGCAUUAAUCACAUCACGUCUAGAUUAUUGCAAUGCUCUAUUUCUUGGUCUGCCUAAAAAACUCAUAGCAAGGUUACAGUAUGUUCAAAACUCAGCAGCAAGAGUUCUCACCUCCACCAGGCGUUCUGCUCACAUUACUUCUCUACUGCAUGAUCUUCGCUGGCUACCUGUGGCAUCACGUAUUCACUUUAAGAUAUUACUUCUAACAUUUAAGGCAUUAAAUGGUCUUGCGCCUGCAUAUCUGUCUGACCUACUCCACUCAAACUCUCCUGCCCGGUCCUUCAGAUCAACUGAGCUUGGUCUUUUGUCCAUUCCUCAUUUUUGGCUGUCCACUUUAGGUGGUAGGUCAUUUAGUAUUAAUACUCCUAAAGUAUGGAAUUCGCUACCCCUUACACUUCGUAAGAUAUCAUCUUUGCCUACCUUCAAGACUCAGCUAAAAAUGUAUCUUUUCAAUAUGUAUUUUGGAUAAUGUGGCUAUAUGUGGCCUUAUGUGUCUGUAUUGUGUAUGCGGAUGUGCAAAGGUAUUGUAUAGCACUAUGUGAAGCGAACUUGAGCUAUGGAAAGGCACUAUAUCCGCUUCGCGUCGGGUGGUUCUUUGCCUCCACGUUGUGCAUUAAAAUCCUUUAAUGCACGGCUAGCCGUGGAUUAUCCCGCUUAUACCAUGGUUAUUUGCCAAGUUAAAGCUUUGAUGUUUACAGUGUGAUUUUAGAUCAAACAGGUUUUAUUUUGUCAGUUAAUUUUAAAUGUAAUCAAACUGACUGCAGCUACCCGUGCGUUAAUAAAGCAAUAAGCCCCAAGAAGCAGUGGGUUGCAGUGCAUUUUAUAACAGCUAAGGGCGUUGUGGCACGAUGCGAAGCGGAGUCAAUAAAACCCCGUAGCUGUUAUAAAAUGCACUGUAACCCACUGCUUCGCGGGGCUUAUUGCUUUUAUAAAACGGUUAUUCCAUAUGCUUAGCAAGGUUUCAUAAACUAAAGUAAAUAAAAUGAUAUUUAGGCUAUGUGGUGCGGUCAGCCGUUAUAUAUUGGGGUAUUUUAUAACGGCUUAGAACUCCGCUCAGCCAAUCAGAAUCAAGGACCAGAACUGACCGUUUUAUAAAGGCUUUUAAUGCACACCUUCCAGCCAAUCAGAAUCCAGUAUUCAAACAGACCAUGGUAUAAAUAAAACUUCUUCAACACUAUUUUCAGUUGUUUGAGAAUAAACAGAGGUUAAAGGUCAAGUGUAUGAAAUUUACUGGCAUGUAACGGCUCACCAAACAACACGGUGAAUUCCAUGUAAGGGGAAAGAAUAUAAAGAAAUAGCUCAUUCUGAAGUAAUAAAACCAUAAUGUUUAAUUAUGUAAGGUCUUUAUACACCUCUGAAGACAUAACAUUUCUGUCAAUACAUACGUACACAUUGUAUGUAAGUUUCCUUUACCACAACAAAUGUUCAUGAACACAACGUGUUAAUGAUCAAAGCAUUUCAAAUGAAGCGCUUGGCAUUUAUUCUGUUCCAUCAACACAUUUCCCUCAUCCCUCAAUUUGCUCUCUGAUGAAAAGUCGAUUUGUUUUCACAGACUCGAUCAAAAGAAUGAUUUUAAUAGGAAUGAGAAUG